CUGUUAGCUCUCCAGUGCAGGCCAGUGGGUGAGUGAAACAGACAGAAGAGCACAGCAAGAGAAACGACAGGAAGACUUAGCAGGGAAAGACGGUGGGAGAAAGUCAGAGGAGAGAGGAAGGGACGCAUAAUGAGAGAAGAAGACGAAACCCAUUCCAGCUGUGUUUCUAUAACAAAUAGAGCCGUGAGAACUUCUUCAUAUUGAAGAAUUUUCCACAGCACGCCAAGGGAACAAACAUUUACUCCUCACAUUUUUGCUCAGGAUUAGCUGUUUAUUUUUGUUCAAGUUUUUGUUGAAACUAAAUUUGUAGUCGUAACUGUGGAUGGGACAAAAUUAGCAGAGAAAUCAUUAGACAAGAAGUAUUUUUGGUCCUUUGUUUUCUGCAUCAAGAGGUUUGCAUUUGAAGAGUUUCGAACAUGAGCACAGACAACUCGACUCUGCUGGACAGCCUGUUCUUUGCGCCUCUCUGUGAUGGCUGGAGCAACAACACAGAGGGGGCCUUCUACCACCUGGGCAACACCUUCCUCUUCCUGGGCUACAUGGGAGGAAGUGGGGCCUAUGGGUGCCUCUUCAUCUUUGGCUUCCUGACCCCCGCCUUCUCAUGCCUGACCCUGUGGGGCUGGCUGACGAUGUGUGGCCUGGACGUCUUCACCUGGAACCUGCUUCUGCUGCUGGCCUGCUUGGCUCAGAUCUGCCACCUCCUCUACCGGCUGCACCAGGAGGGCGUACGCAGCGAGGAGCUGAUGUCCCUCUACCAGGCAGUCUACCUGCCAUUGGGCGUGCCCAUCCAGGUGUUCAAGGAGAUCACAGGUGCCUUUGACAACAAGGUGGUGGAGCUGAAGGCAGGAGAAACAUACGCUGUGGAGGGCAAGACGCCCAUUGACCAGCUCUCAUUUCUGCUGUCUGGGAGGAUCAAUGUAUCUUUGGAAGGCCAGUUCCUGCAUUACAUCCACUGCCACCAGUUCCUCGACUCACCAGAGUGGGAGUCUCUCAGACCAAAGGAGGAGGGAAAGUUCCAGGUCACCCUGACAGCAGAGGAAGACUCCCGCUACAUCUCGUGGCGUCGUCGCCGUCUCUAUUUGCUAAUGUCAAAGAAACGCUACAUCGCCCAUCUCUUCUCUGUCAUGUUGGGCUACGACAUUGCUGAGAAGCUCUACAAUCUCAACAACAAGCUCUACAUUAAGAGUGGCGUGCUACUGGACAUCCGCCUUCCCAGCCUCUACCAUGUGCUGGCCCCCUCCUCACAGAGCAGUGAGGGCGGCAGCGGCAGUGACGGCGGCAUCACCAAGGAUCAGCAAACGGAACAGCAACGAGAAGACCCAACACCGGCCUACCACAGGUCUAAUCCAGCCCAGUCUAAGCCCCUCCAACCCCACCUGCAGGGACCAAGGCAGACCAGUAUGGGUGAAUCGCAGGCCCCCCAGCAUGACCGUCAUCAGCACCCAUGGGCGUCAGACCCGGAACUGCCCUCUGGUGAGGACUCCACCAGCCUGGUUCUGGAGGACUUCGCUGAUGUGGCGGGCUCCUUAAUGGACUAUGGCAGUGAGAGGGAUUAUUUGAGGUAGAGGGGCAGGGUGUUGGAGCUAACACACUGGGUCACCACUUAAGCUACAUGAGGUGAUAGUGAAUGGAACAUACCACCUCGAUUCCAGAGGGGCAGAGCACCGCUGGCUCCCACCGACACUCCCAAACUCUGAGAACAGUCUCUCCUAGAAACACGAUAGCAUUUUAAGUACUGCGGUAUGAAUGUAUCACGGGUCACUUGCUUUGACGCUGCCACAACAAUGUGCUCCUUGUUAUUUCUUUUUAAAUUACAGUUUUGAAUGAUAAGACAGCCAAUAUUGCCAUUUUUUAAACAAUCAAUAUUGGGGGCUGGGCUAUUUAAUGCCCAAAAAUUACAAGUAUUUUAUGUUGCCUAAAAGGUUUGGUAUAUUCUCAUUCAGGCUGUGCGUUGCUCCUAAAAGUCAAGAUAAAAUGAAAAAUGCCUUUUUAACAGUCAGCAGUCAGCUAGAGGAAAUUCCGUUUCAUCUUGACAUGGGGACCCAACACAUCUAUAUAUUUCAGUGAAACUCGUGGAUAUUUUAGCAUUUCAGUAAUGGCAUUUAUAAAAUCUAUAAUUUACAAUUGAGUAAUUCGGUAACAUUUAUAUUGUGUUAUUAAACAUCUGUCCAAUUAAGAUGCUGUAUCCAACAUUUAAUAAACUGUUAACGGUCAUUCGCAGUUUAAUUUAAAAAACAACUACACCGCCAUCUGUGGCAAGUGGACCUGGAACACAGAGUACAGAGGGACAGCCUUCACUUUGUUACUUACCAGCACAUUAAAUGUCUGAAAUGAUAUUUUAUGUUAGAAAAUAGAUUCUGUGAUACUGAAACAGAUGAAUGUGGUUGUCAUCUCACUUAUAUCUGAUUUUAGAUGUAUGCUUGUUUGAUUCAUACUUGAUUUCACAUAAUUUAAUUUAAUGUUGUUUAUUUUCACAAAUCACACAUACUCAGCGCUACAAAG